UUCCGGCUUCCGGUUCCCGGCGGGCCGCGCGCCGGCAAGAUGGCGGCGCCCACGAGGACGGGCGCGGCGGCCUGGUCCCGGUUGCGGUUCCUGGGCCGGUGGUCCCCGCAGUGCCCGGACGUCCGGCCCGGCCCGGCCGCCGUCGUGAUACCGGUGAGAACCAAGAGGCGCUUCACGCCCCCUCAGAAGAAGGCCAAGUUCUGGACCGAAGAGGAGAACCGGGCGCGCGCCCGCGCCGCCGGCAUCGUCAUCCCCAACGAGCGCCCCGAGAGACCCAUCGUCCUGAACUGCACAGCCGGGGUCUUUGACCCCUACAUCCCCCCCGAGGGCGACGCUCGCCUGACGCCCCUCCUCAAGGCCGGCCUGAAGCAGAGGGUGGAACAGCUGAAGCAGCGCGUGGCCUCCCAGCUGGCCAUCCGCAAGGUGAAGGAACACGACACCACCUUCAGCGUCAAGACCUUCGCCACCAAGGCCCAAGAGAUCUUCACCGAAGCGCACGACUGCCUGAACACGGCCAACCACGACAAGCUUCACGAACUGGUGACGGAGUACUGCUUCCCGAAAAUGGCCGAGGAGACGAAGCUGAAGACCGUCCGCUGGCGCUUCGUGGAGUCCCUGGAGCCCCCCCGGGUGGUGCAGGUCCGCUGCACGGACAUGGUCAGCCCGGGGAACGUGUACGGACAGGUCACCGUCCGCAUGCACACCCGCCAGGCCCUGGCCAUCUACGACCGGUUCGGGCGACUGAUGUACGGGCGAGAGGACCUGCCGCGGGACGUGUUGGAGUACGUCGUGCUGGAGAAGCAGCUUCGUAACCCGUACGGCGCCUGGAGGCUGCAUGACAAGAUCGUCCCCCCCUGGGCCCCCGCCCCCGACGCCCCCUUGAAGACGGUCCUGAUCCCCGGGCCCGGCCUGCUGCCGGGGGAGGAGCUCCGGGACCCGGACGUGGCUACGCCGCCGUCACCGCCCACCGCCGAGACCCCGGGCCUGCCAUCACCCCGGGCCCGAGCCGCCCCCCCGGGACCCGGCGUUUAGGGAUCGGCUGCCCCAUGGGGGGUUGGAAGGUGCCGCGGGGCAGGCUUGGGGGCGGGGACUUUAGGGCCCUCGCGCCCUGUCCCCCUUCUCCUGCCUCGACUGUCGGGGACCCAGGCCCGAGGGAGGGCCACGGCGCCGGGGGCCGGCCUUCGGAGCCCCUUCCGCCUCCCCGCUUCGGCCGAGGCUGCCGACGACACCCCAACGGGACGUCAGACCCCAGACUGGGAACGUGGACUGAGACCCUGGUAAUAAAUCCCCGUCUGUCGGA